CUGCCGCCGCCGCAUUCGCCGUCGCCCCCGCCUUCCCGGCAGCGUCGGGCCGGGCGCCGCCUCCCCCCUGCCUCCCUCUCCGCUGCGGUCAUGUAGGAAAUCGUAAAUCAUGUGAAGAUGGGACUCUUGGUAUUUGUACGCAAUCUGCUGCUAGCCCUCUGCCUUUUUCUGGUACUGGGAUUUUUGUAUUAUUCUGCGUGGAAGCUACAUUUAUUCCAGUGGGAGGACUCCAAUUCAGUGGUUCUUUCCUUUGACUCCGCUGGACAAACACUAGGCUCAGAAUAUGAUCGGUUGGGCUUCCUCCUGAAGUUGGACUCUAAACUGCCUGCUGAGUUAGCCACCAAGUACGCAAACUUUUCAGAGGGAACUUGCAAGCCUGGCUAUGCUUCAGCCUUGAUGACUGCCAUCUUCCCCCGGUUCUCCAAGCCAGCACCCAUGUUCCUGGAUGACUCCUUCCGCAAGUGGGCUAGGAUCCGGGAAUUUGUGCCGCCUUUUGGGAUCAAAGGUCAAGAUAAUCUGAUCAAAGCCAUCUUGUCCGUCACCAAAGAGUACCGCCUGACCCCUGCCUUGGACAGCCUCAGCUGCCGCCGCUGCAUCAUCGUGGGCAAUGGAGGUGUCCUUGCCAACAAGUCUCUGGGAUCACAAAUUGAUGACUAUGACAUUGUGGUCAGACUGAACGCAGCGCCAGUGAAAGGCUUUGAGAAGGACGUGGGCAGCAAAACUACACUGCGCAUCACCUACCCUGAGGGUGCCAUGCAGCGGCCUGAGCAAUAUGAACGUGAUUCUCUCUUUGUCCUCGCUGGCUUCAAGUGGCAGGACUUCAAGUGGUUGAAGUACAUCGUCUACAAGGAGAGAGUGAGCGCGUCAGAUGGCUUCUGGAAAUCUGUGGCCACUCGGGUGCCCAAGGAACCCCCUGAGAUUCGCAUCCUCAACCCAUAUUUCAUCCAGGAAGCUGCCUUCACCCUCAUCGGACUGCCUUUCAACAAUGGCCUCAUGGGCCGCGGGAACAUCCCGACCCUCGGCAGUGUGGCAGUGACCAUGGCACUACACGGCUGUGACGAGGUGGCAGUUGCAGGCUUCGGCUACGACAUGAGCACACCCAACGCACCCCUGCACUACUACGAGACCGUGCGCAUGGCAGCCAUCAAAGAGUCCUGGACGCACAACAUUCAGCGAGAGAAAGAGUUUCUGCGGAAGCUGGUGAAAGCGCAUGUCAUAACUGACCUAACCAGUGGCAUCUGAGGUGGACUCAGCACGUGGCCACAGAAGUCCAGCCACCGCCACCUGCCCACUUCAUUGGCCUCGGUCUGGCUCUGCCUUAGAGGUGCGGGAGCCUUCAGACCCAGAGAAGGACAGUGCCAAGUGGCCCCAGGGGUGGUGAGGCCUUGGUGGAGCAGCCAGAGUUGUGUCUGCUCAGAGGCCAGCCUCAGAGACCAGCACUAGGCCUCACUCUCAGCCUGGGUCCUUGAAGCCAGAGGGCCAGGAGGCCACUGGCCAUGCCCAGCGGGCCCAGCAUGCAGGAGGCGGACAUUAGGCAGCAAGGCUGCUGCCAGAAUCAUUUCUCCAAUCAGUGUUCGGUGUAUUAUCAUUUUGUGAAUUUGGGGUGGGGGGAGGGUAGGGAUAAUUUAUUUUUCAAUAAGGUUGGAGAUGUCAAGUUUGGUCUACUGACCGUGCAGAAGACCCACUAAAGGGCCCCUCAGGCAGUGGUACCAAUGGGCUCCCUGUAGAGUGGGAGUGCCAGGACUAGCCUGUGCCCUGCUCUGGGGCUACAGGGAGAUGGGCAGGAUCUCAGGCCAGCCCCUUCCAGCUCAUGACACUGUUUGGCCUUUCUUGGGGAGCAGAUGGGAUAGUCCCACUCAGCAGCCCCCAGCUGUCCCACAGGGAAACCCUGGAGCCAUCCUUUAAGCCAACAAGACGCCCCUGGGCUUGAGUGGAGAGAACUUCAGGGCUCGGGCGGUGAGACCUGGCCCAACCUGAUGGGAAUGCCCCUCCCUCCCCAACUGCAGCUGACCCAUAGGACAGUGCCCCAGACCUGGAGUGACAACUUGGCAGCUGUUCUGGGUUUCAGCAGUGAGACUGCCAGGCCCUUAGGUUCUGCCUUUAGCCUAGACAAGAGAGAAGUGAGGCUCAAGGACCUCACCCAGGCUGUGGCAGCCAUCCUGAGCAGCCUUCAUGGAAGCAAUAAAGCUCUUCCCUGAACCUGGCCUCCUCUUGCUUUCUCUGACUUUCCUGGAAGAAACAGGAACCUGGGGCCUCAGCAAGUAUGCUAAACCCAAGGGCCAUCUCUCCAGCCCUCCUGGGUCCCUUUCACUUCUCGUGUUAGCUCCAGGACCUGGGUAGCCACCUAGGGGCCUUCUGGAGCCUCUCCUGUCCUAUAGCCGUCCUGCACCCUCUCUGCCUUAAGAGAGGCAGAGUCCAGGGGCAUCAGGACAUGCCCCAGGAUCCACCCUGCUGCCUCCUACAGGAGCCAGGGUUCAGGGGAUUGAAGCGCCAGCCCGUGCACAGUGCCUCUGGGUCACCACAGCCCCAGCACUACAGGGACAGAGCUUCCUGCAAGCACAGGAAAGUUGCACGGCCAAGCCCCCAGCACACGGACCUAAACCACUCCCUGCAGCUCCGCUGAGCCCUGGAAAGACACGCCCUCCCCCUUA